AGUUAUCCGAUAUAAUCUUCCCUACUCCGCAAUGGAAUGUCCAAUAAACAAAGCCCCCCACACACCACUUCCGGUUUUCACGAAUCGGUGGUGUGUGUCGCCAAACGUCACUCAUAACGGCUCAUACAAGCUAGCUUCAGCGAAGCCGGAGCGGAGGCGACACCGUGCGACUGUACACAAGGGGUACGAUAUACUGGAAUGUGUUGCUGUACGGCGGUUGAAAGACUCGAGUUUUAUUGGUUCAUUCAACUUCAUUGUUUAUUCCAAACGAUCAUCGACAUAUUCGCUUGAAGCUAAGAAUAAAAUAAAACACAGCUGAAAAUCGAUCUCUGAUUGAGAAAGAAAGAGGUGGCCGUGGCAGAGUCAGCUGUUAUAGCCAUCUGAUGGCAGCGUGGAUUCCUGGUUAACGCAUGAUGAGGUUUCCUGCCGGACUUGUCGGACGGGAAUGUGGUCAAGUGAUUGCUGGACAGGCAUCAUCAGCCCAAGCCAAUUACUAGGCCUACUUAUUAAUGUGGUGAGAUUCAUCUCGAGCGAUUGAAAUCACAUUGAGCUCUCUGACAUUUGCAAACACUUCAUGACUUGUUUGGAUUUUUCAACUCAUUAUAUAUUGGGAAACUGCUUGUUAACAUUCCUACAGCAUCGAUAGAAGUUAUAUGAUAUAAGACAGAGCUUAUUGGACACCAAGUACUAAGAAAGAGAAAGUUUUUUAUUCAACUGAACAAUAUUAAUCCGCCAUUACUCACUUUUACAGUGGGAUAAAUUAAAUAUCAUGUGAUAUUUGUGCCAAAUUCUUAAAUUUCUGACGAGACACGGCACACUUAAAAAUAUUACAAUGGCUGAAGAAAUCAAGAGGUUGCUGGAGUGUCCCAUGUGCCUGGAACUGUUCACCUCCUCUUCCCGCAAGCCCAAGCUCCUACCAUGCCAGCACACUCUGUGCCUGGAAUGCAUGGACAUGCUCAACCAAGGCAACAGGAUCCAGUGUCCUCAGUGCAGGCAGCAACACACCUGUCCAGGUGACGGCCCUGCACAGCUGCCUAACAACUUCACCAUGCUGGCUCUGUUGGAUGUCCAACAGAAGAGCAGUCCAUCACCAACCCCCAUGAGCAUGAAGGAAUCCUCGCCACCCGUUCCUGCGAGACCGGAAACCGACAGGCCACCAGCCAUCAACGAAGGUGUCAGGAAUUCCAUUGCUUUGUUGGCCAGGAAGCUCCAGGAGAAGUCUGUGGAACUGAGCAGAAUCGAUAUCAAGGAAAAGCAGACAGAGGACCUGCUUCUCUCUGUGAAGAAUCAGGUGGAUAGUGCCUUUGAGGCAAGGACUCGUGACCUCCAAACCCGUAGGGAUCAGUUGAUUAAGCAACUCGCAAGUGCUAGACAAGAAGAGCUUGCAUUCAUACAAGGUCAAAGGGCCAGCGCUUAUCAGUACCUGCAUAAACUGCAAACUGACUUUUCAAAAAUGCGCCAUGCCUUGACGGCAUCAGUAGAACCCCGUGAAGCAGAUCUGAUCAAUCUGCUCAGCCUGUGUAGGGGUUACUUGUCACAGAUUGAACAGUACGCUCUGAACAUUGAUCAGAGGAUUUGUAAUGUGGCCUUUACAGAUCCUAACCAACAGCAACUCUCCAUAAGUAUCCAAGCAUACGGUUGUUUGGAAAUCAGCACAGACAAGGCAAAGUCUGUUCAAGCUGUGAGACCAACUAUGAUUCCAGGUACAGCUGUCUCGCGAAGUUCACCUUCCAAUCCAUUCAACUCAUCAAUGUCUCUUCCUGCGACAACUUCCAGUGCUUCUUCCUCUUCCAUCCCUACACCUCUUUCACAAAGUAGUUCGGCCGCAUCCUUGGGGGAUGGAAGGUCUCCCAGUCCCUUUGCCAGUGCUUCUUCAUCGCCUACAAUUACACCCGUUACACCAGAUGUAAUACCAGGUCAAGACGAUAGAAGUAUCGUAGCCAGACAACAACCAAGAUCAAGUAGAAGGUUGUCUGAGCCUAUAGGUCAAUCAGGACAACCUGCACUUUCUGCAGGUGUUCCUGUUCCAUCACAGUCCGCAAGGCUAUCCAGGCACCUGUCAAUGGACACUGUUGGAGUAGCACUUCCUGCAGCAACAUCCGCUUCGCUACCAAACCCUGCUGGUGGUGAUCAACCUCCCCCCGUUCCACGCCGACCGGGCAUUGCAAGAAUGUCCUCUAUCAACGAACAGCAGCCUUCAGUGGAUCGCCCGAGAAGCAUUCUGCUGCGGCAGCACACAGUGCCAUCUGCCGUCUCUCAGACCAGAGGGGAUGCACCACCUCUUCCACCGAGAACAAGUGUGCAGGUUCCAAGCCCAAGUGUCCAACCUUCCGUCGUAGAGGGAGCAUCUUCUCAGAGUUCAAGUAAUAGCAAUAACCCUUCUCAGCCCUGGGUCACUUUUACAUCAAAUGGCGCUCAAAGUUCCAGCCAAGUACAAAAGAAGCGAGGGGUGGUCAUUCCGCAAGUAUUUGAGAAACCAGUUGGUGUCCAUGUCUUGGAAAAACUCAACAACUGCUUUGCUGUUGUGGACGAGCUCCAGCACUGCGUAAUGAUCAUCAACGAGGAAGGGCGACUGCUGCGUCAAAUGGGAAGCAAGGGUGGCGGUGCUGGGCAGAUGCAAUUCCCCAAGGGAAUCUGUUCAAACAGUGCUGGUCAUAUCAUCAUAACUGACUGUUACAACCACAAGGUUCAGGUGUGGGAUCUCAGUACUGGCAGGUGCCUCAAGCAGUUUGGCUCCCGUGGUCAGUCUAAUAACUGUUUCGAUAGUCCAACGGGUGUGGUAUGUGACAAGCAGGACAACAUCUACGUGUGCGACUAUAACAACGGCUGCGUAAAGGUCUUCAACCCGGCAGGCAUGUUCAUCCGGCUGAUUGGGAAAAAAGGCGAAAGGGAUGGCCAGUUCCGUAACCCGGCUUUUAUAGCGUUUACACAAGGAGGAGAACUCUUGAUCACCGAUGCCUUCAAGCACUGCGUGCAAGUCUUCUCGUCGCAGGGUACGUAUUUGUACCGGUUCGGCAACUGGGGCACGAGCCCUGGUGAUUUGAACUGUCCUAGUGGGAUCACGGUGGAUGCCCAGGGCUACAUCUACGUAGCAAAUCGAGGAAAUCAUCGCGUUGAGGUCUUCAAUCCCUCGGGGUCGUACGCUCUGAAUCUUGGACGACACGGCUCAGAGGAAGGACAGCUGGAUGAACCUUUGGGGGUUUCCAUCACCAAAGAUGGACGAUUGUUGGUCUCAGAUUCAGGCAACAAACGGCUUCAGUUACUGUGGCCCUGAGCAUUAUUAACAGAUGUUUGUAGAUGUACAUUUACCUACAAUAAGUAUGGGAUAACUGUGGCUUACAUGGAAUAAUUGUCAUACCAUCAUGCUAGAUAUUAAAGCUUAUCAACACUAGUGUGGCUAGGAGGGAUAAGACUUCACAGCGAGGUCACUGACAGGUAGCUAUCUCAUCAACUCAGCUCUCAAAUAACAU